AUGAGUAAUGCAGGAGGAUCAAUUCUGUGCAAAUCGGCCACAUUAGCCAAAAUUUCCGGUUUCUUGCUCGUAUUAGUAGUUUUCUUCUACUUGGACAAGCGUUUUUCUGAUGGCUCUUCUCAGCAACUUAUUUUCUUUUCCUCUCAUCAAUAUUCAGUUAAUAAUGGAGUUACAAAAAAUUAUAAUUCAUCAAUUUCGCUUCCUUCUAAUCUGAAUAAAACUAAUUGGGUGUCGCCUUCGCCAUACCCACCGGCAGUGCAGAGGAUGGGGCUGGUGGAUGUGAACGGGGUGAUGACGGAGGAUUUUGAGGUGGGGGAGUUUGAUUUGGAGGUGGUGGAGAAUUGGCGGAGGGCAAAUGAGACUGGGGGUUUGGAGAGUGAUACCAAGCGGGAUAAGGUUAGGGUCAGGGUCAGCAAAUUUCCAAUGUGUUCCCAGAAUAUGAGAGAGUACAUUCCGUGUUUGGACUACAAGGAGGCCAUUAAGAAGCUUAAUUCAACCAAAAAAGGGGAGCAGCGGCAUUGUCCCGAAAAGGGGAAGGAAUUGAACUGUUUAAUCCCUGCUCCAAAAGGGUACAGAACUCCGAUUCGCUGGCCUAAAAGCCGCGAUGAGGUUUGGUUUAGUAACGUUCCUCACACCCCUUUAUCCAAGGAUAAAGGGGGUCAAAAUUGGAUCACGAUUGAUAGGGACAAGUACAAGUUUCCUGGAGGUGGGACACAGUUCAUACAUGGGGCAGAUACGUACUUGGAUCAGAUCGAAAAGAUGGUCCCUGAAAUAGCUUUCGGCCGACGUACCCGAGUUGCUUUGGAUAUUGGCUGUGGAGUUGCAAGUUCUGGUGCUUAUCUAUUAUCACGAAAUGUUACAACCUUAUCUAUAGCCCCAAAAGAUAUUCAUGAGAACCAGAUUCAGUUUGCACUUGAGCGUGGAGUUCCUGCAAUGGUGGCAGCUUUCGCAACACAGCGUCUGUUAUAUCCAAGUCAGGCAUUUGACUUGAUACAUUGUUCAAGAUGUAGAAUCAAUUGGACCCGGGAUGAUGGUAUUCUGCUACUCGAGGUCAACAGGAUGCUCCGUGCUGGAGGAUAUUUCGCUUGGGCCGCACAGCCUGUUUAUAAACAUGAAGCACUUCUUGAAGAACAAUGGAAAGAGAUGGUAAACCUUACUAGCCGUCUCUGUUGGACACUCAUUAAGAAGGAGGGACGCAUUGCCAUAUGGCAGAAGCCCUUGAAUAACAGUUGUUAUUUGAGCCGUGAGGAAGGAACCCAACCAGCAUUAUGUGAUGCAGAUGAUGAUCCGGACGGUGUAUGGUAUGUAGAUUUGAAGGCAUGCAUAACACGGUUACCUGAGGAAGGAUAUGGCUCAAAUGUUACAGCCUGGCCUGCACGCUUGCAGAAUCCUCCAGAUAGGCUGCAAAGCAUAAAAAUUGAUGCUUACAUAUCAAGAAAAGAGCUGUUCAAGGCAGAAUCAAAAUAUUGGAAUGAAAUAAUUGACGGCUAUGUACGCGUCUUACGUUGGAACUCGUUAGAACUUAGAAAUGUGUUGGACAUGAGAGCUGGCUUUGGAGGAUUUGCAGCUGCACUAUUUGAAAACAAUUUGGAUAGCUGGGUACUCAACGUUGUGCCUGUUAGUGGACACAAUACAUUGCCUGUCAUUUAUGACCGCGGUCUCGUUGGAGUUAUGCAUGACUGGUGCGAACCAUUUGAUACAUACCCAAGAACAUAUGAUUUAAUUCAUGCUGCCGGCCUCUUCUCUAUUGAACGAAAAAGAUGCAAUGUCUCUAACAUCAUGCUUGAAAUGGAUCGCAUUUUGAGGCCCGGUGGACAUGUAUAUAUUCGUGAUUCUAUUGAUGUUAUGGAUGAACUUCAAGAGAUUGGCGAAGCCAUGGGUUGGCAUGUAUCUGUUCGGGAAACAUCGGAGGGUCCUCAUUCCGGUUAUAGGGUCUUGACUUGCGACAAACGCCAAUAA